CGCACGCGGAAGUGAGUUGUGUUGCCCUCAGUAGCGAUGGCGUCCAAGGGGGCUCGACAGCGGUGGAAAGGAACCGGUGGAGAGAGGGAGGAAAAUAGCGGAAAACCGAAAGAAGAGGCCAAGGGGACGGAGCACAGAGCUGAAUCUACAUGUAGCAAGGCCGCACAGGUGUGGGCACCCGAAGGAGCCACUGCAUUUAAAUGCCUGAUAUCUGCCAGAUUCUGUGCUGCCCUGCUGAGCAACAUCUCAGACUGUGAUGAAACCUUCAACUACUGGGAGCCUACUCACUACCUUGUAUAUGGCAAAGGAUUCCAGACGUGGGAAUAUUCUCCAGCCUAUGCUGUACGCUCCUAUGCAUACCUCUGGCUGCAUGCUUUCCCUGCAUGGUUCCAUGCCAAUGUCCUCCAGACCAACAAGGUUCUGGUCUUCUACUUCAUACGGUGCUUUUUGGCGUUCUGUAGCUGUGUAUGUGAACUUUAUUUCUACAAGGCGGUUUGCAAAAGAUUUGGACUCCAUGUUGGGCGGUUGAUGUUGGCUUUCCUUGUCCUCAGCACAGGAAUGUUUUGUUCAGCUGCUGCGUAUCUCCCUAGCAGUUUCUGUAUGUAUACCACGCUGAUCGCUAUGACGGGCUGGUACAUGGAGAAGGUCUCUGUGGCUGUGCUGGGUGUUGCUGCCGGGGCCAUUUGGGGCUGGCCUUUUAGCGCUGUACUCGGGGUGCCCGUCGCCUUUGAUGUGCUGUUUGUGAAACACAAGUGGAAGAGUUUUAUUAAUUGGUGUCUAGUGGCGCUGAUAUUAUUUCUGGUUCCAUUGGUGGCCAUUGAUAGUUAUUAUUAUGGAAAGCUUGUGAUAGCCCCUCUUAAUAUUGUCCUGUAUAAUGUCUUCACGCCUCAUGGACCUGAUCUGUACGGCACAGAACCUUGGCCUUUCUACUUCAUCAAUGGCUUCCUCAACUUUAACAUUGUCUUCAUUAUGGCUCUCUUUGCUUUGCCCUUGACGUGGCUCAUGGAGCAUCUGCUGCAGAGAAUUAACACAGUUCAGAACCUUGGUAGACCGUAUUGGCUUACAUUGGCUCCAAUGUAUAUCUGGAUUUUGAUUUUCUUCACACGACCACAUAAAGAGGAGAGGUUUCUCUUUCCUAUCUACCCCCUCAUUUGCUUGUGCGGGGCCGUAGCCCUCUCUGCUCUGCAGAAAUGUUACCAUUUUUUAUUCCAACGGUACCGUUUAGAGCAUUACACAGUUUCUUCCAACUGGCUUGCCAUUGGUACGGUCCUACUGUUUGGUGUCCUGUCCUUUUCUCGUUCCAUUGCCUUGUUCAGAGGUUACCAUGCACCAUUAGAUUUGUACCCGGAGUUUUACAGAAUUGCGAAGGACCCGGCUCUUCACACUGUACCAGACAGCAAGACAGUGAAUGUGUGUGUGGGGAAAGAGUGGUAUCGCUUUCCAAGUAAUUUCCUUCUUCCAGACAAUUGGCAACUUCAGUUCAUUGAAUCGGAGUUCAGAGGACAACUCCCGAAGCCUUACGCUAAGGGGCGGCAAGCUACAAGAAUCAUCCCCAAGGAUAUGAAUGAUCGGAACCUGGAAGAGACCUCCAGAUAUGUGGACAUUACUAAGUGUCACUAUUUAGUUGAUUUGGAUACGGCCACUAAGACAGCACGGGAGCCACGGUAUUCUGCUAAGGAAGAAUGGACAGUUAUAGCUUACAAGCCAUUCCUGGAUGCUUCAAGGUCCUCCAAACUGUUUCGAGCCUUUUAUGUCCCGUUUGUAUCCAGUUGGCACACAACCUACUCUAAUUACACUAUUUUGAAAGCCCGUCGGCCCAAGCAGAUUAAGAGGAAGAAUUUAGGAUAAGGAAACUCCUGGUACAAAGACAAGAACCCAGUUGGUCUUACUGAGAGAUCUCCUAACAUCCUCCUGUUCCAGCCAGGGGGACCUUUCAUGAAGAUUUGUUUUGGCGGUGUAUCUGAGCUCUGCUGCUUUUUGACUGUAAAGAAGAGUCUUCUAAUAUGUUCUGGUUGACUCUAAAUUUACUACGAUUAAUACAAACAUUAUACAGAGUCGUAAAUCUUAGUAUCUUCACCCGGUAUCUUCUUUGUAAAGGCUGCAUUCAUGAUUCUGUGUGAUGUCAUGAUGUUCUGUGCCGUGUCCAUCUGUUAAUGUGUUAUAUAAUUCCUGAAAUCUGUCUAUGGGGUUGAACAGCCUUUAGGUCUGACCAGAGAGCUCAAUCCAUCCUAUUCAUUUAUUCUACUUCUCUUUGGGUUCGGGUUGUAGCUUACACAAAUAUACAAGGUUCUCAAUCAUUGCAGACACCUGGAAGAUCCCCUCACUACUUACCAGUCGAAAGUGAAGAUCUUUCUCAUCCUGUUACGCUAAAAUAGCGUGACCAACGCCAUGAAUGGGUAUAAUAAUCUGCCACAAUUCUUUGCACAGAAAGCAGUAUCUCUUCAGUCCACAAGAAGGUCCACUCCACUUUCCCUAUCCUCCACAUCGCGUUCAUAUGUCUUUGUGAUAUGUUUCUUGUUCUGAGACCAAAACUGAACAUGGUGCGUGGAUCAGUCCUGGUGAAGGUGCAUCAACAUAUUGCCAGAACCUGCACAUUAUGGACAAAUAUAACAUAAGCAGCUGGAAACAAAAGUGUAAUUGUUUUAUAACACAUAGAUGUGCAAGUGUGGAAUAUACCAAACUCAACCAAUAAUUGAGGGAUAAGAAGUGAUAUUUUAAUUGUUU